CCUUUCGUUUCGCUUUUAUAAUAUCUAUAGAUCUACUAAUGCCCAUUUCAUUGUUAAGGAUCACUUAGGAGUUGGUGGAUGCAUUCUCAUUUCUGCCUUCUAUAUGGAAAAUUCCUUGUCUAAGCCCAUUGCAUCCUCUAGAGCCAGCGACGACUGCACAUUUUGCCGUGUUACCGGUACUUUAUUUUUGACUGGUGUUGGUAUAUACGCAUUUGAUUGCGCUAGGAAGGCUAGACACAAGCCUAUGGAUCGUUAUUUCAGUAUAGUUUUUGGCACGGGUGCUUUAUGCAUGGCUGCUUACCGUGGGUUUGGGUAUAAAAGGACUCUCUAGUACCUGAUUGACACCUCUUGUUAACUAUGAUUAGUGUAACAACUAUUUUCGUCGUUGAUUUAAAUCGUAAGCCUCUAUCGGUUGAUCCUACGGAUGAGGAGUUACAGGACGCCAAGUUGUUGUAUUAUUAUCCUGACCACUGUGAGAUUGAGGAACGCCGAUCGCAUUUUGGGCUGAUUGAGGGUUUGAUUGGUCUUAUCUCCACGUUCACCACUAACAAGAUAGAUUUCCUAAAGACAAAGCUCUUUACAACUACUGUUAGCGAGUGGUAUCCCGGCGUGUAUUUAGUUGUGUGUUUCAAGGACGAUGAAAAACAUUCUAGUGAGAUGCUUGAGUACAGCCACUCAUGGAAGCAUUUGAUAAACAAGAUUGUUUUAGAGAAUGCUAAAAGGAUUUUUGAGCUGCUUUAUGGCCCUCUUAAUGAACACCUAGAGCUUGCCACCUCUUCGGGAAACCUAGAUGACCUAAGGAUUGCUUUUGACAACUUUUUGCCAUCCUUCUUGACGAAAUCGGUAUCAAGCUCGUUUAACAUUUUAAAGGAUUGGGACGCCACUAACAAAGCCCAUAUUAACUCUGCGUUUGCUUUGGACGCUCAGACCCUGAUAACUGACAUUUGUCUUGAGUUUAAUGAGGUGAAGGAGUAUUUGUUAAUUUACAACAGGGAGAUAUUUCUGUCUUCCCUUGACAUUGAUGACAUGAUGGUUAUUUACACCUUUUUGAUAAAGCAUGAGGGUAGUGUGACUAAGGAUGCUGAAUCUCGUGUAAAAACAUUGACUCCUACAGUAUCUAAUGAAGUCCAUGUAUUAGAAUCCGACACGGGUGUAGCUUUCGGGCCUCGUGUUCGUGUUAAAGGGCGGGAUUACUAUUUAUCGGCUCUUUGUUUUGGUGGUUUGAUACUGAUUUUACUGCUAGAUUCUCGUGAUAUAGUACUAUCGCUAAACAACAUAAAGGAGUACCUUAAUGGUAUACCUCAUGGCCUUAAAGCUUUGCUGCGGUCGAUCUCCAAUCCAUCUAGUUCUUCGAAGUUACGUACGCUUAGUCUCAAUAGCACAACUAAGACCAUUCGAAGUAUUGGUUACGAGCCUUUGGACGACAAGAAGUUACGUGAGUUGUAUAUCAUUCGCGGUAUCCACCACUUGAUUGAAUCUAAUGCUGCCCACUUGAAUCGCGUGGACGUGAAAACAUCGGACGGUUGGAUAUGUUCACAAGUAUCUAACGAUCGCGAGAUGUAUCUAUCUUUAUCGUCGGACCGUUUGGGUUUGACUGCGGUUACUCAAACUUUUGACGAUUUUGUGAAGAGCCAUUUGGGUGGCAUAUACUUCAUCUAGCUUUAAUGAUAAUUUAACCUUGUCC